AUGUUUAAAAAUCAAUGGUUACGAGACAAAUUAACAAGUAGUGAUACUGUUCUCUAUAGUAUUCUAGUUAACGAUAUUGCCGUUGGAUUCAUUUCAUUUCUAAGAAUUAAUCAAGAACAUGGUACAAUUGAAAUAGGACAUGUAAAUUUUAGUUCCCAAUUAUUACAGACGCGUUCAGCUACAGAAGCAAAUUAUUUGUUAUUACAAUAUGCAUUUGACAUAUUAGGCUACAGAAGAGUAGAAUGGAAAUGUACUGCAUUGAAUGCCAAAUCUCGACGAGCAGCAUUACGAUUAGGUUUUCAGUAUGAGGGUACAUGGAUUAAAUCAGAAGUUUGUAAAGGUCGAUCAAGAGAUAAUUCGUACUUUAGUAUUGUUGAUGAUGAAUGGGUACAGUUAAAACAAGAAUUUCAACGUUGGUUGAAUCCAAUGAAUUUCGAUAGCAAUGGACAACAAUUAACCAAACUUAAUGCAGCACAAAUCAAUCCACGUAGUAAUCAGGGUUGCCAGAUUGUCUGA